ACCCCUGAACGGAGCACUGCUUCCAUGGCGUGGUCCAACGCUUCAACUCAAGGACAACAGUCCCACAUCUUAAACCAACCGAGGGCUUCACCCCCCAGGAGCCGGAGGAAAUAUGACUGCAGAUUGUUGUCUCCUACCACUGUAGCCAAUGGAAACACCACAUUUCCCAAGAAGGCCCUUGCAGGCUCAGGAAACCCCCCAUCAUUUACAGAAAGGAACAACUUACUCAUUGCAUGUGGGAAGCAGUGCGUUCUGUCCGAGCGACCCUACCGCUGCCCCCUCUCAGCCAAUAAAGCUGAAACUGAGAGGUCAAAGAAAGCAGAGGAGAGUGAGAGGGGAGGAAGUGCGACGAACAGAAGCUUGGAUGAACAGAGGGCCCGCAGUGGCACAAAAAGAUUAGAGGAGAGAGCACGCAGCAGCGUGGGGAGGAGGAGGGUGAUGGUGAUGUCCAUCCGCCGGCCGGCCACUGCACCUGCGUGCGCUCAGACUGGACAGGAGGAACUAAUGCAGCCAAGGCCAGAAACUCCAAGUUGCAGGCUGGUGUGGAGAGCAAGCCAGGGUGAACAAGGUCAACUGGGCAGCCCAGAUUCCACCUCAAGAGGAACUCCUGUUUUACACCUCUAUCUGCCCAGCUAUCAACUGACCGACACAGCACACAAAACAGUGGAGGACAACAGACUGGAACCCAAAUUGGCCAAACAGCAAGACAAUGCAGGAGACACGAGCCAACAGGACUUCACAGAAGACAAAGUACGGCAGGAGAUCAUGAUUGAAAGAUGGAACGAGAAUAAAGAGAGCGCUCAACAUGAGGACAAUGCCAGGAAUGAAAAAUGUGACAGAAAACGCGAACUCGAGGAGAAAAAUGACCAGAGUGACUUCAUUGAAGACAAUGGACGGCCUGAUAUUCCAGAGGACAGCCCUCCUCAGGCCGUUACAGAAGGUGAAGGAAAAGGAAACAAGAAAGAUGAACUCGCAGAGGACAAAAGACAGCGUGAGGUCACCCAGGGCAACAUAAUUGAGGGUGAGGAGAACGAACAACAUGACAUUAGAGAGGAUGUCAGGCAUAAUGACUAUAUAGAGGAUGUUAAACAGCUUGACAUCACUAAGGAACAUGGCACUGCGGAAGAAAAUAGACAGCAGGGAUGUGGAGAAAGCAGUGGGGCAGAUGACACUGUAGAUAACAUCAAAGGUAGCAGCGAGCUGGAGCCAGAUUUGGAGAUGACCGUCCUGGAGAGCUGUUCUGACCAUAAGGAACCGAUAAAGACUCACAAAAACAAACUACCACAAACCUCUAUAGAAAACAGCCGCCCAUUUACAGCAAUGCAGCAUGAACAGGUACUGGAGAAACGAGAAAAAGCUCCACCUAAGAAGCUGAAAUCUGGUCUUAGGACUUCAUGUUCGCUGGACCAGCGCUCAGAAACCAACAGCCCGAGGAGGAUAACUCACCCCACGUCAGUUAUAGUGUUCCCUUCCCCAUUCACGCACACGCACUCUUCCCCCUCACUCCAUAUGCUGCCAUCGUUUUAUGGGACCUCUUUUGGCUAUCGCCUCAGAAUGCUCCAUACCCCCCAGCCCCACCGCGCCAAGACAUGGACCACCAGAGUCAGCUUGGACAAAAGAGCCAUAAAAAGCAUGAAGGAACUGCCCGAGAGCAAAGAAACGAAAGGAAAUGUCUCAAAAAUGGAAGCCAGAAGAAUAACAGGUCCCCGCCCCAAAAUAAUGAGCUCAGAGUGGGGGGCUCCUGCUUGUAAAAUGAAAACCACUAAGACCUUUGUGUGGGGCCCUCGGGGUCCCCAAGAGACCAAGAGUGUGUGUGAGCUGCACACUAACAGGUGUGAUGGAGCGGCGGUUUGA